AUGGCCGACAGCAUCGACAUAUACAACCAAUACCCCCUCCGCAAGCACAGUAACCACCGAACUGACCGAACUAACGCCCUGCACCGGGGCCUUAUCUCGCUCGACGCGCCCAACAUCCCCCCGCCCCCGCUCCCCAUCAACCCCAAGCGCAGCGCCCAGAUCACCAAGCUCCGCGACAGCGCAAACGCCGCCUACCGCAAGGACAACCACGCCGAGGCCGUGCGCCUGUACACAUACGCCAUCGACAUGGGGAUCGCGCGGCCCGGCUGGGAGCCGAUGAGUCUGGCGCGGGAAGAGCUGGCGGGCUUGUUUGCGAACCGUGCGCAGGCGUAUAUGGCGCAGCAGGCGUGGCCCGAGGGUUUGGUGGAUGCGAAGUGUAGUGUGGAGAGUAAGCCCGUGGGCAAUGUCAAGGCCUGGUGGAGGGCGGGGAGGUGCUUGGCUGAGAUGGGGCGCUGGGAUGAGGCCCAGGUGGCUAUUGAUAAGGGGUUGGAGUUUGAGCCGAGGAAUGGGGACGGUGCGAAGGAGUUACUUUCCUUGUUGGAGGAGGUUAAGGAGGGAAUGAAGAGGGCG